AUGAGCAGUGGAUCUGAAAGCGAAUACGCUAAAUAUUGGAUAGAUUGGUUUUUAGAAACCAAAGGAAACGAAUAUUUUUGUGAGGUGGAUGAAGAAUAUAUCCUCGAUCGUUUCAAUUUGACGGGCCUGAAUUUAGAAGUACAACAAUAUUACAAUGAAGCAUUAGAUAUGAUCACAGACAGCUUAGAUGAGGAUAAAUAUGAUGAGAGAACAAGAGAUAUAAUCGAAAGAAAUGCACGACAUUUAUACGGGUUGAUUCACGCUCGUUUCAUUAUAACGACUCGUGGUUUAGCAAAGAUGCUUGACAAAUAUAAGAAAUCAGAAUUUGGUCGUUGUCCUAGAGUUCUUUGUAAUAUGCAAUCGCUACUUCCCGUUGGUCUUUCUGAUCAACCAGUCACUAAGACGGUGAAACUUUAUUGUCCCCGUUGUGAAGACAUCUAUAAUCCUAAAUCAACUCGUCAUUCUUCUAUCGAUGGUGCUUAUUUUGGUACAUCCUUCCCUCACAUGCUAUUCCAAGUUCAUCCCAAUUAUUUACCUACCAAGUCCAUCGAAAGAUAUGAACCAAGAAUUUUUGGAUUCAAGAUUCACCAAAUUGCAGAACAGCAUAGAUGGCAGGACCGUGCUAGAGAAGAAUAUGAACAGAAAUUAUUGCGAGAAAAAGAGGAGCAGCAGCAGCAACAAUCGAACGCAACAUCAUCCACCACUACAAAUCGUAUGCAAUAA